AUCCAGCAUCUUUUUCAUCCUCAUCCUAAGCCUCUUACGCUCGACGGCCUGGGCGCAGAUACAACUGAGCCCUGAAGCUGCCGAAGCCGCGCUCCAUCUUCCACCCUGCGUGUCGAAAUGCGGUCUCGACAUUCUGCCACAGUUUAACUGCACAAUCGGCGAGGACUGCUAUUGCGCGCGUACGGGGCCGCUCGAGGACGCUCUCGCUUCCUGUGUCAUUGGAGGAUGUCCGUCGCUGGGCGAUGCCUUGGCCGGCCUCAAGUUCCAGGCUCUGUCUUGCAAUUAUCGGACGGAUCGGAACAUUACGCCACUCAUGUUCAGCAUCGUAGUUGCGAUGUUCUCGGUGGCGACUUUCUUCACCAUCGCUCGCUUCAUAUCCCGCUGGCCGAGACUGAGAGGUGCUGGGCUGAGUUGGGAUGAUGGCGUUGUCCUAUUCUGUUUUCUACCUGUGACCGGACUCACGAUCAUGGCAUUGACGAUGAUGCACUAUGGUGUUGGGAAAGACAUGUGGACUUUGGAGAUCGAUACAAUUCUCACAUACGCAAAAUACUUCUACGCUACCCAACCACUGUACAAUUGUUCUGUACUCUGCACGAAGCUCUCACUGGUGCUUCUCUACCUUCGCAUCUGGCCGCGAGAGAAAGGCAAGGGAUGGACCAGUUUUCAUGUGACUUGCUGCAUCAUGAUCUUUGCGCUCAUCGGAACGACCAUCGCCAUCACGUUGGCCACGACUUUUGCUUGCCAUCCCCUCCACAAUGCGUGGCGUUACGCCAAUCGUGCAGGAGGAACAUGCACGGAUCGGGUUGCCGGUGUCUACGCCUACGGCGGUCUGAACAUUUCAUACGAUAUCAUCGUCUUGGCUUUGCCUAUCACGCGACUGCUCAGGUUGAAGGUCUCAACAACCCAGAAGCUCGGCUUCAUUGCUUGCUUCUUGGUCGGAAUUGUCGCCACGGGCUGCAGUAUCUAUCGCAUGUUCACGAUUUACGGCCUCACGACCGCUCGAAACAUCACUUGGGAUUUCACAUCCGUUGGACUCUGGAGCCUGAUUGAAGUGUACGUGAGCAUGAU